CGUGGACAGGAAUACAUACAACAUCAAUGGCACUAGUGUUCGAUGGACCGGUGGUAGGUAUUGACCUCGGAACCACUCACUCGAGCGUGGCAGUGUGGCGAGAUGGUCAAGUGGAGAUCAUCCCCAACGAUCAAGGUAACAAGAGGACGCCGUCCUAUGUCGCUUUCACUGACACCCGAAGGCUCAUUGGUGAUGCUGCCAAGAACCAAGUCGCAAUGAACCCGACCAACACGGUUUUUGGGGCAAAGCUGCUGAUCGGUAAAAGAUUCAGCGAUGUCUCUGUCCAAACAGACGCGAAGCUCUGGCCUUUCAAGGUUGUUGCUGGUACCGGUGACAGAGCUGUGAUUGUUGUCAACUACAAGGGUGAAGAGAAGCUGCUUUUUCCGGAGGAAAUCUUGUCUAUGAUCAUUGCAAGAAUGCUGGAACUUGCGGAGGCUCAUCUAGGCACCGCUGUUAAAGAUGCAGUCAUCACUGUUCCCGCAUGCUUCAACAUCUUUCAGAGACAGGCUACUAAAUAUGCCGGACAGAUCGCUGGUCUCAAUACUGUACGUGUUGUAAGUGAACCAACGGCUGCUGCCAUUGCUUAUGGCCUUGACAAGAGGAGGAAUUUUGUCAGGGAGAGGAACGUGUUGGUUUUUGACCUCGGCGGCGGCACUUUUGAUGCGUCUAUCCUGAGCAUCGAGUCGGGUAUCUUUGAGGUUAAGGCUACUGCAGGGGAUACUCAUAUCGGAGGUGAAGACUUCGAUAACAGAAUACUGUACCAUUUUAUCCAAGAGUUCAGGAGGAAGUACAAGAAGGACAUCAGUGGGAACCCCCGAGCUCUCAGGAGAUUGGGGACUGCCUGUGAGUCUGCGAAGAGGACUCUCUCCUCUAAUACUACGGCUACAAUACAAAUUGAUGCUUUGCACAUGGAUGUAGAUUUCCAUUCCAUGAUAACGCGCAAAAAGUUCGAGGAGCUCAACAUGGAUCUCUUCAAGAAAUGUAUGGAGCUUGUCGAGAAGUGCUUGAGGGAUGCUAAGAUGGACAAGAGCCGUGUCAAUGAUGUGGUCCUUGUUGGUGGGUCCACUAGGAUUCCUAAGGUGCAGCAACUGCUUUGGGAAUUCUUCGACAGGAAGGAGCUCUGCAAGAGCAUUAACCCCGAUGAGGCUGUUGUUUAUGGAGCAGCCGUUCAAGCUGCGAUAUUGAGCCGAGAGGUUAAUGAGAAGGUCCAGGACUUGCUGCUCUUAGACGUGACUCCAUUUUCUCUCGGUCUAGGAAGUGCUGAAGGCGCGAUGACCAUUGUGAUACUGAGGAACACCCCAAUCCCCACAUCCAAGGAGCAGGUCCUCUCGACUAGCUCAGACAACCAAGAAUGUUUCACCAUCUCAGUUUAUGAGGGUGAGAGAGUGAGAACCAGAGAUAACAACCUGCUUGGGACGUUUGAGCUGUCGGGGAUUCCGCCUGCACCUAAGGGUAUUCCUCAGAUUACUGCCCGCUUCAGCAUCCAUGCUGAUGGUUUCUUGUAUGUCUCGAUGGAGGAGAAGACAACCGGUAAUAAGGCUGAGCUUAGUGUUAUCGAUGAAAGAAGCACAUUGUCCAGGGAAGAGGUCGAAAGGAUGAUUCUGGAUGGAAAGAAGUACAGGGCCGAGGAUAAUGAGUACAGGCUGAAGGUUGUGGCCAGGAAUGCGUUGGAGACCUAUGUUUACAGCAUGAAGAACGCACUUGAGGAUAACACGAUUUGUCCCGAUAUAUCACCGGCAGCAAAGAGGAUGAUCCAGCGUGCUUUUGACCGAGCUAUUGAAUGGUCGGAUGAGAACCAGCUUCGGGAGGUGGAUGAGUUUGAAGAGAAGAUGAAGGAGCUGGAAAGAAUUGUUGAGACAGGAGGCAUGGGGCCGGUAUUGAUUUUGGCUAUAAGAUCGUCACUGGUCCUGGCGGCAUACAACUCAUAGCUGUAAACUAUAAGGGCAAAGAGAAGCAGCUUAAUCUCAGAGAAAUCUCAUCUAUGAUCCUUUCAAGGAUGUGGGAGAUGGUGGAUGCCCACGCUGGCUUGACCAUCAAGAAUGCAGUUCUCGCUGUCCCUGCUUCCUUCAGCCGCUCUCAGAUAACUGCUGUUCGAGAUGCUGCCCUGACAGCCGGUCUCAAUGUACUUCAUAUCAUAACCGAACCAGUUGCUACAGCAAUCGCGUAUAGCCUCCUCGGGAAGGGGACAAUGUGUAGCCUAUGACGGAAUAUAAUUUUGUAUGAUUUGUUUGUUUCCAUGUUUAGUUCCAUAGAUUAGGAAGUCAGUCUAAUUAUUAGUAUAGGAUCCCAUAGAUUUUAUUAGCUUCCUUCUCUGUAAAGGCACGAUGGCCUACAUAUA